AUGGCAACCCUUCGAGUCGACGAAAUUCAUAAAAUUCUCCGCGAACGUAUUGAACAAUAUAAUAGAAAAGUAGGGAUUGAGAAUAUCGGUCGCGUAGUUCAAGUGGGGGAUGGGAUUGCUCGUAUUAUAGGUCUUGGUGAAAUAAUGUCAGGCGAAUUAGUCGAAUUUGCAGAAGGGACUAGGGGUAUUGCUCUGAAUUUGGAAUCCAAAAAUGUUGGGAUUGUAUUAAUGGGCGAUGGGUUGAUGAUACAAGAGGGCAGUUUUGUAAAAGCAACAGGAAGAAUUGCUCAGAUACCCGUGAGCGAGGCUUACUUGGGUCGUGUUAUAAAUGCUCUGGCUAAACCUAUUGAUGGGAGAGGCGAAAUUGUAGCUUCGGAAUCUCGCUUAAUUGAAUCUCCUGCUCCGGGUAUAAUUUCCAGGCGUUCUGUAUAUGAACCCCUUCAAACGGGGCUUAUUGCUAUCGAUUCGAUGAUUCCUAUUGGGCGCGGUCAGCGAGAGUUAAUUAUUGGGGACAGACAAACCGGCAAAACAGCAGUAGCUACAGAUACAAUUCUCAAUCAAAAAGGGCAAGAUGUAAUAUGUGUUUAUGUAGCUAUCGGUCAAAGAGCAUCCUCCGUAGCUCAAGUAGUAACUACUUUCCAUGAAGAGGGGGCCAUGGAAUACACUAUUGUAGUAGCUGAAAUGGCGGAUUCCCCUGCUACAUUACAAUACCUCGCUCCUUAUACGGGAGCAGCCCUGGCUGAGUAUUUUAUGUACCGCGAACGGCAUACUUUAAUAAUUUAUGAUGAUCUCUCCAAACAGGCACAAGCUUAUCGCCAAAUGUCCCUUCUAUUAAGAAGACCCCCCGGCCGCGAAGCUUACCCAGGGGAUGUUUUUUAUUUGCAUUCACGCCUUUUAGAAAGAGCCGCUAAAUUAAAUUCUCUUUUAGGGGAAGGAAGUAUGACUGCUUUACCAAUAGUUGAGACUCAAUCUGGAGACGUUUCCGCCUAUAUUCCUACUAAUGUAAUCUCCAUUACAGAUGGACAAAUAUUCUUAUCCGCAGAUCUAUUCAAUGCCGGAAUUCGGCCUGCUAUUAAUGUGGGUAUUUCCGUUUCCAGAGUAGGAUCCGCGGCUCAAAUUAAAGCCAUGAAACAAGUAGCUGGCAAAUCAAAAUUGGAAUUAGCUCAAUUCGCGGAGUUACAAGCCUUUGCACAAUUCGCCUCUGCUCUCGAUAAAACAAGUCAGAAUCAAUUGGCAAGGGGCCGACGAUUACGAGAAUUGCUUAAACAAUCCCAAGCAAAUCCUCUUCCAGUGGAAGAGCAGAUAGCUACUAUUUAUAUCGGAACAAGAGGAUAUCUUGAUUCCUUAGAAAUUGGACAGGUAAAGAAAUUUCUGGAUGAGUUACGUAAACACCUAAAAGAUACUAAACCUCAAUUCCAAGAAAUUAUAUCUUCUAGCAAGACAUUCACCGAGGAAGCGGAAAUCCUUUUGAAGGAAGCUAUUCAGGAACAACUCGAACGGUUUUCCCUUCAGGAACAAACAUAA